AUGGUCAACGUAGGAAAGAGAUGGCAUGCUCUCAGAGCUAUCCUUUCGGUACGCCACGGCCCCGGCGCCGCCAUCCUCCCUCCCAAUGUCACAAGGAUACACAUUGAGUUCGCCAAGACCAUGGAAGGCGGCCACAUGGGGCCCAGAAAGUUCUGGCAGAACAUGCUCCGUCGCUUAAAGUACCACAACCCCGCCGUCCCCAUGAUCGUGAACCGCAAAGCCACAAACGAGGGCGCCGCCAUGAUGCACAUCUACUUCAGCAAGGGCGCACCCAUCGACCCCGCAACGCUACCCCAGAACCCCUCUUCCGCCAUGGACGGAAGCAAAGCCCCAGAACCCACAGAGAACGAGCGUGUCGUCAAGCUCGACAUCAAGGACAAGCGCUCCGAAGAGAUUCUGGAGCGCUUCAUCGCCGAGGCUGAGGCCACUCCCGUAACCCCUACCGAAGAGGAGCUUCGGGAGAUGGAAGAGGUGGAGAAGUUGCGCGUGAAGGGAGAGAAGGAUCGGGUCGCCAAUGCAAAGAUCCGCGAGGAGGCGAAGAAGCAGAAGGCGAUGUUGGACAAGGCGCGUGCCGAGGUUGCCGUAUAA